GAGCUCCUACUACGUACACGCGCAUCACAACUCUCCCCAGCCUCUUCUCCUCCCUUUCCUACCUUUUUCGUUGGCCCUUCGUAUCACAAUGCGGAGCGUAGCGCUCUCGGUCUUCGCCAUCGCUGCUUCGGGCGCGUUUGCUCAAUCUGAAUCAGCUAAACCUGAAUUCAAACCUACCACUGUCAAGGCUCCUUUUGUUGAGCAGUUCACUGACGACUGGUCCGAACGUUGGACAGCAUCGGAGGCUACUAAGAAGACAUCUACCGGUGGUGAGACCUUCAGCUACGUCGGUGAAUGGAAGGUCGAGGAACCCCUCGUCUCGGUCAUCAACAGCGACCUUGGCCUCGUCGCGAAGAGCAAAGCUGCUCACCAUGCUAUCUCUGCACCUUUCUCGGAACCCAUUGACUUCAAGGACAAGCCUCUUGUCGUCCAAUACGAAGUCAAGUACCAGAAGGGUGGCAACUGUGGUGGUGGUUACCUCAAACUCCUCGAGGAUGGCUUCCAGUCUAGUGGGAAGGAGUUCUCUGACACUACCCCGUGGGUUGUCAUGUUCGGACCCGAUCUUACUUGCCCUGGAACCAAGGUUCACUUCAUCUUCCGUCACAAGAACCCAAAGACGGGUGAAGUAGAGGAGAAGCACCUCAAACUUCCUCCCAGACCCACCAUUGAGAAGUUGACGAACCUCUAUACUCUUAUUCUCCACCCUGACAACACCUAUGAAGUCUUCUUUAACGGUGAAAGCGAGAAGGCUGGUUCUUUACUCGAGGACUUCGAGCCUCCUGUCAACCCUCCCAAGGAGAUUGACGACCCCGAGGACAAGAAGCCUGAAACCUGGGUUGAUACCAAAAAGAUCGCAGAUCCCGAAGCCAAGAAACCCGAUGAUUGGGAUGAGGACGCACCUUACGAAAUUCUCGACGAGGAAGCUCAGAAACCUGAAGGAUGGCUUGACGACGAACCCAUGACCAUCCCAGACCCUGAUGCUCAGAAGCCCGAGGAAUGGGAUGAUGAGGAAGAUGGUGAUUGGAUUGCCCCUACUGUAUCUAAUCCCAAAUGUGCUGAAGCACCUGGAUGCGGUGAAUGGAAACGCCCAUUCAAGGCAAAUCCCGCUUACAAGGGCAAAUGGUACGCUCCUAUGAUUGACAACCCCGAAUACAAGGGCGAGUGGGCUCCUGCCAAGAUCGCCAACCCCAACUAUUUUGAGGAUCUCACCCCUGUCAAGUCCCUGGCAAAGAUUGGUGGUGUUGGUAUCGAACUCUGGACGAUGACUGAAGAUAUCCUCUUCGACAACCUCUACGUCGGGCACUCCCUUGAUGAUGCGAAGGCUCUCGCCGCUGAAACCUUUGAAGUCAAGAAACCUCUUGAGAGCGCCGCAGCGAAGACCAGCACCGAUGAUGAUGACUCCGAUGAGGAAGCUUCGUCAUUCAAAGAUGACCCUGUCGCAUUCAUCCGCGAGAAGGUCUUCUCGUUCAUCGAUCUCGCUAAGCUUGACCCUGUUCUCGCUUUCAAGACUCAUCCCGAGACUGGAGGUGCUCUCGCCGUUGCCUUAUUGACGAUAUUCGGUAUGCUUGGUGCCGUCACUGGUUUAGUUGGUGGGCAGCAGACACCCGUUACCAAGUCCUCCAAGAAGACCGAUGCCCCCACCCCAGAUGACAAGAAGACAGAGACUACUCCCGUUGCUCCUGCUGGAGGCGACAAGAAAGAAGAGAGUAACCUCAAGAAGCGUACUGGGAAGUAAAACGUCGAACAAAAAUCCAGGGAGGGAGAUGACGAAUGUCCAAGAACUUGAAGGGAACAGAGUUUAAAAUUUCAAUGACUGUUCUUACAUUGGUUUUCUCAACUUAGUACCGACGUCUUUCCUUAUUGUUAACAAAAGUUUCGUUACGUAUGCCUUACCUAACCCACUUUUCUGUACCGGGAUCGAGAGCUCCUUGUUGGGUAGAUUUUGGUUGAGCUAUCUCCAGACCGUUCCUAUUGUUAUUUGAGAGUGUACAGUUUGGAAUGAUACAUCAAAUUAUAAUAUUCCACUACACAGA